AUGCCCCAGAACGAGUAUAUUGAGGAGCACAUCAAGCGCCAUGGUCGUCGCCUCGAUCAUGAGGAGCGCAUGCGCAAGAAGGAGGCGCGUAGUGCACACCGCGCCUCUGCCGUUGCGCAGAAGACGAUCGGUCUGAAGGCCAAGAUGCUGAACAAGAAGCGCCGUGCCGAAAAGGCGCAGAUGAAGAAGACGAUCAAGCAGCACGAGGAGCGCGACGUGAAGAAGGCCGCUGCCCCGAGCGACCCCGACACUGCGCUGCCCGCGUACCUGCUGGACCGCGAGGGCCAGAAGGACGCCAAGGCGCUGUCGAGUGCCGUCAAGGAGCGCCGCAAGGACAAAGCCGCGCGAUACGCCGUCCCCCUGCCGCAGGUGCGCGGUAUCGCCGAGGACGAGGCGUUCAAGGUGGUCAAGACCGGCAAGCGCAAGCAGAAUGGCUGGAAGCGUAUGGUCACCAAGGCGACGUUUGUCGGCGACAACUUUACCCGCAAGCCCCCCAAGCUGGAGCGCUUUAUCCGCCCGAUGGGCCUGCGUUUCAAAAAGGCGCACAUCACGCACCCCGACCUCAAGGCGACGUUCCAGCUGCCGAUUAUCGGCGUGAAAAAGAACCCGCAGUCGCCGAUGUAUACGCAGCUUGGUGUGCUGACCAAGGGUACGAUUAUCGAAGUGAACGUGUCCGAUCUCGGCAUGGUCACGUCGGGCGGCAAAGUUGUUUGGGGCAAGUACGCUCAGGUCACCAACAACCCCGAGAACGAUGGCUGUGUGAAUGGUGUACUGCUGCUUUCGUCGUAA